AUGAGUAGCCACGCUAAUAGCCUUUUCCUGAGGGAAAAUGUUUCCCAACGCCUUGGGAGGCAGAGUUGGCUACAAGGGUUUCAGGACUCCAUGCAACAGCGUGCCGCCCGAACCCGGCUGCAAAUCCAGACUAUGAACCGAGAGAGAGUGUUCCGAUUCCUGAAGAGAAAUGCCUUCAUCCUUCUCACAGUCAGUGCAGUGGUCAUAGGGAUCAGUCUUGCCUUUGCCCUGCGUCCUUACCAGUUGACCUAUCGACAGAUUAAAUACUUCUCUUUUCCUGGAGAACUGUUGAUGAGGAUGUUGCAAAUGUUGGUGUUGCCCCUCAUUGUUUCCAGUCUAAUCACAGGUAUGGCAUCCCUGGACAACAAAGCUUCAGGGAGAAUGGGGAUGCGGGCUGCUGUUUACUACAUGGUGACAACAGUCAUUGCAGUCUUCAUUGGCAUCCUCAUGGUCACGAUCAUCCACCCUGGCAAAGGAUCCAAGGAGGGGCUGCAUCGAGAGGGCCGCAUUGAAUCUAUCCCAACAGCUGAUGCCUUCAUGGACCUUGUCAGGAAUAUGUUCCCACCCAAUCUUGUGGAAGCCUGCUUCAAACAGUUCAAGACACAGUACAGCACCAGGGUGGUGACAAGGACUGUGAUGAAGAUGGAAAACAGGACAGGACUGGGUAUCUCCCCUUCACCCUUUUCUCUAAUGGACAAUGGUACCAGUGUCUUGGACAAUGUUACCCGUGCCCUUGGCACCCUUCAGGAGGUAAUGAGUUUUGAGGAGACUGUGCCUGUACCUGGCUCAGCAAGUGGCAUCAAUGCUCUGGGCUUGGUGGUGUUCUCAGUCAGCUUUGGUCUGGUCACUGGGAGCAUGAAACAGAAAGGCCAUGCCCUGAAGGUAUUCUUCAACAGCCUUAAUGAAGCUAUCAUGAGACUCGUUGGUGUCAUUAUCUGGUAUGCUCCUGUGGGUAUCCUUUUCCUCAUUGCUGGGAAGAUCCUAGAGAUGGAGGACACAGCUGUGGUUGGUGGCCAGUUGGGCAUGUACACACUGACGGUCAUCGUGGGCUUGCUCAUCCAUGCUGGGGGUGUUCUUCCACUCCUCUACUUCCUCAUCACACACAAGAAUCCCUUCCCCUUCAUCGCUGGCAUGCUGCAGGCCCUCAUCACAGCCAUGGGCACUUCCUCCAGCUCAGCAACUCUGCCCAUCACUUUCCGAUGCUUGGAGGAGAACCUUGGCGUGGAUAGACGCAUCACCAGGUUUGUCCUGCCUGUGGGGGCAACCAUCAACAUGGAUGGCACUGCCCUCUAUGAAGCCUUGGCAGCUAUCUUCAUUGCCCAGGUCAACAACUAUGAACUCAACCUGGGACAGAUCACCACCAUCAGGGACCGUCUCCGAACUACCACUAAUGUUCUGGGAGACUCAGUCGGUGCUGCCAUCAUUGAGCAUCUGUCUCGGAAGGAGCUGGAGCUGCAGGAUGCUGAGCUAAGCCUCCCAAGCCUUGGAAAGUCUUACCAGCUCAUCGCCCAGGAGAAGGGAGCCAACAGAGCUCGAGGAGGCAAUGAAAGCAACAUGUGA